UCUACACCAGCUCACCGGUGGCGUGGGACCGCGGUGCACCAGCUCGUGCGCGCGAUAAGCCAGCCCAUCCGUGGUCCGUCGAGGCACGCGCAACUCGUCCGCGACGCGUAGAUGUCGACUUGCUCUUGCGUCCAAGAUGGGAGAUCCGCGGGACGCAUACAGAUUGCACCCCACUCGUACGCUGGUGACUGGUCAUACGGGCUUGACUACAUACGAGGGCUUACGGUGGGCCUUGUGCGCUCCCUCUCCCCCUCGUCAUGACUUCUCUAGUGCAAACAGUGCUCGCGGAGCACCCGUUGGCGACGACAGUAGCGGCUGGAUCGAUCGUGUACUACAUCUUCAAGCGUUAUGAACCGGAUACGCCUCUGCCGCUGCUUGGUCUGCUCGGCGCCAUCCCAGGCGCCUUGAGCGGCGUGCUCUACCUUGCAUCCCCAGGCAGCCUGCUCUAUACUGUGACCACAGCAUUCGCGCUCUACUAUACCACGAUCGUCGCGUGCACGCUCGCAUACCGCGUCUCGCCCUUCCACCCGCUCGCAAAGUAUCCUGGCCCCUUCUUGCACAAGUUGAGCAAGUUCCGUAUGGCGUACGUUCUGUUCGCGCGCAAGGAGCACCUCGGAGUCGACAUCACCUACUUCAAGAAGCUGCACGAGAAGUAUGGGCGCUACGUUCGCAUCGGCCCGAACGAGCUCUCUAUCUGCGAUGCAGAUGCCAUCUUCCCUGUCCUCGGUGCUCAGGGCUUUCCCAAGGGACCAUUCUGGGACGGCCGCGUACCUCCCGGCGCCACUCGCUCUCUGAUCAGCGAGCGCGACCCCGCCGAACACCUUCGCCGUCGCAAAGUAUGGAACCGCGGCUUCAGCCAGUCCGCGCUGCACCAGUACGAAGGAAUCAUCCGCGACCGGACCGUGCAGUUCGUGCAGUUGCUAGAGAAGAUGAAGGAGCCGUUCGACCUUGACCAGUGGCUGAGUUACUAUACAUUCGACUUCAUGGGUGACAUGGCUUUCGGUGGAGGCUUCGAGCUCAUGCGCCACGGCGAGGACCACACAGGCGUCAUUGAGCUCAUGGAUGGUUCCUUCCGGCGCAACAACAUCACGGCACAUGUCCCAUACACACUUCGCUACCUCAACAUGCUCGAGUCCAAGGGCGCAGUCACAAACAAGUUCGCCCAGUUCGCCGCCGAACGCGUCGAGAUCCGCAAGCGCGAGGGUUCAAUGCGCAAGGACCUCUUCCACUACCUGAUCGACGAAGACGGCCACGAAUCCCACCCGCCCAAAAUGAACGAGCUCAUGAGCGACGGCCUACUCGCCAUCGUCGCCGGCUCCGAUACGACCUCCCACGUCAUGAUCAACGCGUUCUACUUCCUGAUGAAGCACCCCGAGAUGCAGGCGCGUCUGCAACGGGAGAUCGACGAGUCAUUCCCUCCCGGCUCGUCGCCGUUUGACCCCGUCAAGCAGGCAAACAUGCCGUAUCUGAAUGCCGUUUUGAACGAAGCGAUGCGUCUGCAGCCGCCAGUGCCCAACGGUGCUCAACGCAGUACCCAGCAUAUUGGCGCGCGUAUAAUUGGAGAUCGCUACAUCCCCGCUGGAACGCAAGUCAACAUAAACACAUACGCCUUACAACGCGACCCCGCCUACUUCUCUCCCGCCCCCAAUGACUUCUGGCCCGACAGAUGGCUUCCCGAAAGUGACCGCGCGUCCGCCUUCAAGGGGCUCAUCGGCUCUGCAGGCGAGAAGGGCGAUAAGACUAGCUUCGUUCACGAUGUAACGGCCUUCUUCCCCUUCUCCUUUGGUCCGGCAAUGUGCGUAGGGCGUCCACUCGCGUACAUGCAGAUGCGGAUGGCAGCAUGCGCGAUCCUGCAGCGGAUGACGCUGAGCUUGCCCGCGGGAGUGCAUGAUAUCGAGGACUACCGGCUAGCUGGCCGUGGAGUGUGCCCGACGAUUGUGACGGUGAGGGAGGGGUCGAAGCCGUUAGUGAGCUAAUUCGGUAUCUGCUGUUGAGUCUGACAACGAGAUACCAUACCUGACUGUUGGCUAUCAAUUGUACUAGUCACGUCUGCCAUGCAUCGAUUGCCAC